UAUUAUUAUUGAAUAAAUUGAAUCAUCUGUUUCGUAAAUCUCUUGCAUUCUAUGAAAUUAAAAUUAAAUUAAAGCUUAAUAAUAAAAGCAGUUCUUGCUCAUCGUCCCCUCACUCGAUAAUCGCCCGUCCCCAUGGCCGAACCAAGAAAGCACCAGGUAUCAUUACGUGGUGCUAGUGCUAAAGAGAUCAGUAGAGAUGCUCUACUUGAGAGAGUUUCUCAAGAAAGGGAGCUUCGCAAUUAUACUCGAAAAGCUACAUCUGCUGCUCUAUUUAUACAGAGAGUUUGGAGGAGCUAUUAUUCGACGAAGAUGAUUGCGUUGCAGCUUCAACGGGAUUGGCAGGAUAUGAUUAGUUGUUGCAAGAUGUCUACGAUCACAGCCACGUGGAUUUCUUCUAGUUUGUUGAGACCAUUUCUUUUCUUCACUACGUGUUUAUCGACUAGAUAUCGUAAAAUUCAGGCUAGAGAUGUUAAUUGUAUGCAGAUGUGUUUUAAAAUAUUGUUGGAAAGCUUGAACUCAACUGAUCAUCAGAAAAACUUCUGUCUUCUAAGCACUUGUUCGCUGGAAGAAAGGAGGAUAUGGCUUUAUCAAGCAAAGAAGCUGAUUUCCUUGUGCUUACUUAUACUAGCGGAGUGUGACUAUACUCGGCAAGGGGCUAAUGAGUUUGUAAUUCUUACAUCUCUAGGAAUGCGUUUUCUUGUUAUGUUGACCGAUGCGAAAGCGUGGAAAUAUAAUUCUGAGAGUAGUUUUCAGGAUGCCAACAAUGCAGUGAAGGAAUUAAUUCUGUUUAUGGGCAGUAACAAAAGUGAUUUGUUUGUUUGUGUCAGAAGAUAUAUCAUUAGAUUGGACGCUCCUUUUCCACAAUUGACUGGUGCAGGUCAGAAAGACGAUAAACUACUGAUUACAGCCAGUGCAAUUACUGUAUCUCUACGGCCCUUUCAUAUAUUGGAUAUAGAGAAGAAUGACUCCUUAGACGUGCAGCAUGCUGCUGAACAAUUCUUCAUUUUUUUACUGUCUAUCCCAUGGUUUACACAACGCCUACCAGCAUUUCUCUUAUCUUCGUUAAGACAUAAGUCUGUGUUAUUGCGUUGCUUCAGAGCAUUACUGAUUUCGAAAGAGAGAAUAUUAGAGGAGAUCUCCAAGGUGGAUCACUUGAUGAUACCAUCAUCACCUAGAAUGAUGCCACAAGUUGGUUGGGCUCUUGGAAACAUAUUAUGUCUUGCAACAUGCAGUGACCACAUUCUCGAUGGUCAUGGAUAUUUUACCCAAGAUCUAGACUAUACUCUGUACAUCCAAGUUGUUAUCAUACUUGCUGAGGACUUGUUAUAUUGUCUUGAGAAAGUUGGAGAGUUUAGAAAGGUUAAUCAGGAUCUGUAUGAAAAUGCUGAAGGUUCUGAUGAAUCUGUUGAGACGAUGCUGAUUGAUCUGUGCACCACUAACAUGUCUUUGAAGAUGUCUUUCAUGGACUAUUUUAAGCCUGCUUGUCAGCAAUGGCAUCUUAUGAAACUGUUAACCUUUGAAAAGGAUUGUUCCAUUCCCAUUAGUCAUAACACACCCAAGGACAUUCUAGAGUCCCAAGGAAAAAGGGAGCUGCUUGAUGUUGCAUAUUACUAUUUUUGCAUGCUGAGGAUAUUUUCUCAACUACAUCCUGUGGGAUCAUUGCCUGUUCUCAACAUGUUAUCUUUUACUCCUGGGUUUCUCCUUAAACUGUGGGAAGCGCUCGAAAGAUCUAUUUUUCCCAGUGAGAGUCCUCAAGCAGGAAACAUUGUAACUAAACCAUCUGGAAGCAACAGUGGUAAGAUAUUAGAAAGAAAGCAAAAGCAAGGAGCUAAAGAUGGAGGCAAUAAAUGGUUACAUGUCUUGCAUAAAAUCACUGGCAAGUCAAAUUCAGAUUUUGAUAACAUGAAUUUGAACAAUGACCUGCCUACUGCUGAUCAGAGUGAUGAGGAUUCUAUAGAUUUUUGGGAAGUAGAGACUUUAAAAUGUGGUCCAGAAGGGUUAUCAAAUAGUUCCCGUUGUCUUUUUCAUCUAUUCUGUGCUACUUAUUCACACUUGUUGUUAGUUCUUGAUGACAUUGAGUUCUAUGAAAAGCAGGUUCCCUUUACUCUGGAGAAGCAACGGAAAAUUGCAUCAAUGCUUAAUACCCUGGUAUAUAAUGCCUUGACCCACAGUAUAAGCCAACAGAGUGUAACUUUUAUGGAUGCUGCCGUUCGAUGCCUACACCUAUUGUAUGAAAGGGACUGCAGGCACCAGUUUUGCCCUCCUUCUUUGUGGCUAUCACCAGCUAGAAAGAAUAGGCCCCCAAUUGCUGUGGCUGCCAGAACACAUGAAAUUUUAUCUACCAAUCUCAAAGCUGAUGACUCUUUGGCUGUUCCAAGCACACAUUCUGUCAUUACGACCACUCCACAUGUAUUCCCAUUUAAAGAGAGAGUUCAGAUGUUCAGAGAAUUCAUUAGCAUGGACAAAGUAUCUCGAAGAAUGGCCGGUCAAGUGAUAGGACCUGGUUCACAAGCUGUUGAGAUUGUAAUUCGUCGUGGUCAUAUUGUUGAAGACGGAUUUCAACAACUGAACUCACUUGGAUCAAGGUUGAAGUCUAGUAUUAAUGUGUCAUUUGUUAGUGAAUGUGGUCUUCCGGAGGCUGGCCUGGACUAUGGUGGUUUAUCUAAAGAGUUUCUGACUGAUUUAGCAAAGGCUGCUUUUUCGCCAGACUAUGGGCUAUUCUCCCAGACCUCGGCUUCAGAUAGACUUUUGAUCCCUAAUACAGCUGCUAGGUUUCUAGAGAAUGGUGUGCAGAUGAUUGAAUUUCUUGGAAGAAUUGUUGGCAAAGCACUGUACGAAGGGAUAUUACUGGAUUAUUCCUUUUCUCAUGUUUUUGUUCAAAAGCUCCUAGGCCGCUAUAGCUUUCUUGAUGAAUUAUCGACACUUGACCCGGAGCUCUACAGGAAUCUAAUGUAUGUGAAGCAUUAUGAUGGUGAUGUCAAAGAACUCUUUCUGGAUUUUACGGUCACUGAAGAGGCAUUUGGGAAAAGACAAAUAAUUGAGCUAAAACCUGGUGGAAAGGAUAUGUGUGUGACAAAUGAGAACAAAUUGCAGUACAUCCAUGCAAUGGCAGAUUAUAAACUCAAUCGGCAGGUACGGUAUUUAUCGAAUGCAUUUUACAGAGGAUUAACAGAUCUUAUAUCUCCAUCUUGGUUGAAGUUGUUUAAUGCAAGUGAAUUUAAUCAGUUGCUUUCUGGCGGAAAUUAUGACAUAGAUGUUGAUGAUUUACAAAAGAAUACCCGCUACACUGGUGGCUAUACCGAAGGGAGUCGGACAGUAAAGCUGUUUUGGCAGGUGUUAGCGGGGUUUGAGCCUAAUGAACGAUGUUUGCUACUCAAAUUUGUGACAAGUUGUUCUCGAGCUCCUUUACUUGGGUUUAAACACUUGCAGCCAACAUUUACAAUUCACAAGGUUGCAGGUGAUAUGCCUCUAUGGGCAGCGAUUGGUGGACAAGAUUUGGAGCGCCUUCCAUCAGCAUCAACAUGCUACAACACUCUCAAGCUUCCGAGCUACAAACGUUCAAGCACUUUGAGAGCAAAGCUACUGUAUGCUAUCAAAUCAAAUGCAGGAUUUGAACUCUCUUAAGAUGUAACCUCUUACGUGGCAGGCUGAAAGCUUGAGGCAUGACAUUGCGAAGCCGAGAUGGUCCUGUUGUAUCAGACUACUAGUCCAGCAGCUGGCUCUCCUUGUGUCAAAGAAAUUGCAUGAUGCAAUGUUAAUAUGUAAUAUACUAAUAUAUCUGAAUAUUUUAUGAACAGGUGCAUAGUAGUAAAUAAUUUGUGGCAUGUUUUGCUUCUGGCCUUUUGGUGUGAAUCCAGGCUACCUGAGCUUGAUUACAGAAAAAAAUUGUUGUACUUAGUUUUGAGGAGUCUUGGCUAAUCUUUUAGUUUACCACCGGCA